GCGGAAGCAAGGGGUGACUGAGGAGGCCUAUGAGCCCCACAUGUUGUAUCAACUAGCCGAAUGGAAGAAGCGGGCAGAUGCGGCCACAACCACAAGGAGGAGGAGGCAGAAGAACAGCGUUGCCUCGCUGCGAGACUGCAAUUGGAGGACGCAGAGGCAGCAAAGAAGGCUGCAGACCAGCAACCUCGAAUCCACCGAGACGCACUCUUUGAAAUCGAGGGUGAUAUCGAGGAAGCAGUCGGCGGUUGGGGGGUCCCUUUCGAAGCAGAAGAUGCCACCGAUGCUGUACGAGGCAUUGCAGCCGCAUUCACACAUGUGACCUAUCUCGUCGCCACGUGCACAGCUCAACAAGACGACAUCCUCUGCGAAGACACGCUGGUCAAACAGCAGGCUCAGCUCAUCGCCAACCUGCUCGACCGUGUGCACAGGCUGGAACAGCAGCCUGCAGCAGCCACACCCGCCAGACCCUCCAACUUGGAGGUAGACAUGGGCGUUGUCAAGGACACAGUGAAGCAGCAGCACGCAACCAACCAACAGUUGGAUCAGCAGAUUCGUGCAGCUGCGGCAAGCCCAGCCUCAUCAUCCAAUACCGUGGUGGCGGCAAUUCGAGUUGCGUCUGUUCAUGUACAACGUGAAAGGCACCAACCGACAUGCGUGCAUCUACCACCCGUCGGGUGGCGAGUGUCAAGCAUUGCUUAACAACAUUUUGUCGACACACACGAUCGACAUCUCCGAGCGGCAUACGAAGAUCAGUUGGGCUGAUCUUACGGCAGAAUGGCAUACGCUGUUCCAAGUGCAACCGCCCGAGCUUCAGGCGAUGGAAAAACUGCAUAAGUAAUUGUCGAGCACGGAUUGGAUCGCCGAGUACCAACGCUUGGCAUCCACGCCCGACUUGCCAAUCAAUUUCACUGGCGUGA